AACCGCCAACCGAAACCGCACAAGUCCUGUCAUGCUCACACACCUCAUCACUCAUUCCAUCGAUAUACCUCACGUUUUUUUAAUAGAACGAGAGCGAUAAAAAAUAGAACAGUUACGGUUCUCCAGGGCUAGUGUCUUGUCGUUUUAUUGGCCAUAGCUGGAAAUCUCCAGAGGUUUAACAUGUGAUAAUAUAGUGUUGCGAGUGCUGUGUUGUGUUGUUCUCCUUCCAUUCUCUUGGUAUAUUGUUUUAUGCAAGUGUCAUCGUAUUUUUUAUUCAGUGAUUAUUAUUUAAUUAUUCGGUAUUACGAAGGUAUAAAUGUAGGGGGAAAAAAUGACUUGUUGGCGAGUCCGACAGUGAAGGCUCAUACAAAACAUCAGGGUCCGAUGGAUACAUUAUAGUAUCUAUAAAAUUCAGGAUGUAUUGAUGAGGAAUACCGGAAUUAAUGAAGCUUUCAACUUUAACGAACUGCACCGGCAUAAUCAAGAGAUAAUACCGAGAUAAAAAUGUAUCGUGAAAGGGUUGCUUAAAAAAUCCAUAAGAAAACGUUAAACUUAGUGUUUGUGUGGUGAUACACAGGAAAGUGAAAUCAUGUUUGGUGUUACAAUGGUGGAGCCACGAGAAAGGCUAGUUGCAUGCACAACAUCACAAAUGCAACAUCAAAAUAAUAAUUGUCACCGGCAUCAUUAUCACCAUGUUGUCAAGACAACGAGAAUCCAUCAGAGUUCAAGGAGUAACAGAGUUGUGACUGUACAAGAGAAAGUGAUAAGAUCACGUCUUCAGCUUGGAUAUUCAACACCAACGAGCUUCAUUAAUCGUUUUCCCCAGAAGAUGGAUCGCCCAAACCACAACGUCAGCCUGGGCCAAAACCAUGGGGGGAGUACACAUGGGGUUUACUCAUCUGGAAGUCAGACUUCCCUGUCGACUUCCUACAUAACAGGCCAGUCCUAUAUACAGGGCCAGAAUUACGCAGCGUAUCCAGCGGCACAGACGGUGCAAAUUUACCCCCACACGUAUAAUCCACCCCAGAGUUAUGGCACAAUGGUACAAGCUUACGGUGGACAGCCCCAGUCAGGUUAUCAACAGGGUCAUCACAAAAAAGGAACAAUGAGGAACGGCGAUGUCCACAAACGCUGUAGACUACAGACUGCGAGUUACGAGCUCUCUCAGGACCUCCUGGACAAGCAAAUCGAGAUGCUCGAACGAAAGUACGGUGGAGUUAAAGCACGAAAUGCCGCGCUCACCAUUCAACGUGCAUUUAGAAGGUACACAUUACUGAAGAAAUUCGCAGCAAUAACAGCAAUGGCCAAAGCGGAAAAACGGCUAAGUAGGACGAUUCAAGAGAGUGCUGACCGGCCGAGUGACCACGACAGAAUAGUCUACCACAAUCAAGUUUACAUUCAACAAUCACCACAGUCUGCUAAUCGACCUAUGCCCAUACGAAGUAUGUCACUUAGAGAAAGAAGACACGUUGAAAAUUCAGGAAUGCCUAGGAGUUUGAGUGGUAGAUGCGAGGUACAAGUUAUGGCCCAUCAGGUUAAUACUGGACAUCACCAUCCUGGCUAUAAUAUCCAUCAGAGUGGGAGGCACACACCAUCACUAACACCCAGUCCCUGUGCUAGACAUCAACCACCACCUAGUCCUUGUUGGGAUACUAGUUCGCAAGAGAGUGGCUCCAGUAUUCAUUAUUACAAUCCUCAGGAAACCCUGUGCGGACUUCGACAGGAAACUCCACCUCGAGAUCUCCACAGAACCCCCUGCACAUCUCCUUCAACUCCUCAUAAUCUUCAAGCCCCCUUGACACACAGUUGGGGCAACAGUUCCCAAUUAGGUUCCGGUGGGCGUUCACGAGGAUCCGCCAAGAAAGUUCCCCCUGAAGUGCCCAAAAGAACGACCUCAAUAACCUCGAGAUCGAUGGAGCAGCGUCACAAUGGCCUGAGUAAAAGUGUUGAAAAUGGGAGUCUCAGUUCUGUGCAAAGUUCAGGGAGUGAUUCGACCAAUUGCGAGAGCUCAGAAGGGGAUGUCCAGAGAGGCUCGCCAAUUUGGAAGCACAAGGCUAUCUCCAGCUCACCCGAACACCAAGAAUGCCAUACAACAGAGAACACCACCCUAAUAAACAGUGGAAAAGAUCUCAGUAAUUCACACGCGGGAUCUGGCUAUCAAUUACCCAUGAUUGAUCACACAGAGGCUAUUCCACAGACGAGCUACAAAGUAUCAGAGACAGUGCGAAAGCGUCAGUACCGCGUCGGCCUCAAUUUAUUUAAUAAAAAACCAGAGAGAGGAAUAACGUAUCUCAUAAGACGUGGAUUUUUGGAGAACAGCCCACAGGGUGUUGCCCGAUUUUUAAUCAGUAGAAAAGGCUUGUCAAAGCAGAUGAUCGGGGAAUAUCUCGGCAAUCUUCAAAAUACCUUCAACAUGGCUGUGUUGGAGUGCUUCUCCCAUGAAUUGGAUCUUGCGGGAAUGCAGGUGGAUGUUGCUUUGAGAAAAUUCCAAGCGUAUUUCAGAAUGCCAGGGGAGGCGCAGAAGAUUGAACGACUCAUGGAAGUAUUCAGUCAGCGUUAUUGUCACUGUAAUCCAGACGUUGUUGCAAGGCUCAGAUCACCAGACACUGUCUUUGUCCUGGCAUUUGCCAUCAUCAUGCUCAAUACAGAUCUCCACACACCAAAUCUCAAGCCUGAGAGGAGAAUGAGAGUGGAGGACUUUAUAAAAAAUUUGAGGGGAAUUGAUGACUGCGGGGAUAUCGAUCGUGACAUACUUAUUGGUAUCUACGAGAGAGUUAAGGCCAAUGAGUUUAAACCUGGCUCCGAUCAUGUCACUCAAGUUAUGAAGGUACAAGCUACUAUUGUUGGCAAGAAACCAAAUAUGGCCCUGCCACACAGACGACUCGUUUGCUACUGCAGACUUUAUGAGAUACCAGAUAUUCAUAAAAAAGAGAGGCCUGGAGUACAUCAGCGCGAAGUAUUUCUCUUCAAUGAUCUUUUAGUUGUCACUAAAAUCCUCAGCAAGAAGAAGAGCAGCGUAACAUAUACAUUCCGACAGAGUUUUCCACUGUGCGGAAUGGUGGUGACACUCUUUGACGUCCCUCAUUAUCCAUAUGGCAUCAGAUUGUCUCAACGUGUCGAUGGUAAAGUACUAGUCACAUUCAAUGCCAGAAACGAGCACGAUAGGUGCAAAUUCGCUGAAGAUCUUCGGGAGUCCAUCAGCGAGAUGGAUGAGAUGGAAACUCUUCGCAUUGAGACCGAGUUGGAGAGACAAAAAAGUAGUAGAGGAGCUCGUGGAGGCUCGGAAAAUAGAGAUUCUGGGGUUGCUGACGUUGAAGUGUGCCCAUGUCCUGGGCCCUGUUCUGAGAGAACAGAAGUCGCUGAUCUGGACCCACAGCUCAAGAGAUCCGCUCUCAGCAACUCACUACUUGAUAUUCACGAGCAAUUUGCUGGAGAAAAACCCCAAAGACGUGGCAGCGUUGGCUCACUGGACAGUGGUAUGUCAAUUUCAUUUCAAUCAACUUCUGCAAGUUCAAUGAGCCAGGGAGUAAAGCACUCUGGACAAGUUCAUCCUGUACAUCCAGGUGCUACAAUCCCUGGUGGGGGUAAAGGAAUCGUACAGCAGCCAUCUUUUUUAGGAGGCCUAUUUGCUAAACGUGAACGUAAGCUAUCACAAACGGAGGAAUCAUCUCCGUACAGUCGUACAACCGAGGUCUAAAAUUUUACUUACAUCACACAGAGAAACAUCGCACUAAUGCGAGUAACCAAUUCAAAUAAUUGCAGCCAUUUGAUAAGCCCCAGGGGAGGCAUCAAAUCUUCGUUUAUCUUAAUAAUUUUAUAUUGAUCACACGUUAAUAACAUAUAGAGAUAAAGGAAAUGAUUGUAAUUGGGCAGGAUCCGAUUAUGUAGGUGAAAACUGUAUUUCAUUUUUUUUUUCUUCCAUCAUUGCAGCAUGGA